UGGCUUUUGUUGCGGACGCAUCCUCAUCAUACUGGCGCUCUGGAGAAGAUCUCAAGACAAUGAUGGAUGUAAUGACAGUUACUCCUUUCUAUCACAUCAACACAACAGACGUCUCUGGAAGAAAUGGCUCUCUGUAUGAUGACGACGAUGAAUAUGACUAUAAGGACGAGCAUGCAGAGCUGAGACAGUCUCUCAACAUCAUGUCUCUCAUUGUUUACUGCCUAGCUUUUGUUCUUGGUGUGCUCGGCAAUGGAGUGGUUAUCUGGGUGACCGGGUUCAAGAUGAAGAAAACAGUUAACACAGUUUGGUUCCUCAACCUCGCUGUGGCUGACUUCCUCUUCACAGCAUUUCUGCCCCUGAGUGUGACCUACACAGCUAUGGAUUUUCACUGGCCAUUCGGCAGAUUCAUGUGCAAACUGAACAGCACUAUAAGCUUCCUGAACAUGUUUGCCAGUGUCUACAUUCUGGUGGUGAUCAGUGUGGACAGAUAUGUGUCUGUGGUUUGGCCCGUCUGGGCCCAGAACCACCGAAGUGUACAGAAGGCGUCCUUUGUGAGUCUGGGUGUUUGGAUACUGGCUCUGAUUCUGAGCGCUCCGUACUUCAUCUUCAGGGACACUGGGCCAUCAUAUAAUAAUGACGACAUCAUCAACUGCUUUAACAACUUUGCUUUUUCUGACGACUAUGAAACACCAUCUGUAAAUCAGCUGCGACAGUUUCGUCAUCAGGCCAUGACCAUCACCCGCUUCCUCCUGGGCUUUGUUGUCCCCUUCACUGUCAUCGUCUCCUGUUAUGCUGUGAUAAUCCACCGUCUCAGAAGAAACCGCACCCUGGCCAGUCAGUCAAGUCGCCCCUUUAAGAUCAUCGCUGCAGUUAUCACCACCUUUUUCCUGUGCUGGGCUCCUUAUCACAUCAUGGCUCUAAUUGAGUUGGUAAACCACAUGGCUAAUCAUGCAAGUGAAACAUUAGACCAUGUCACCACUAUCGGAGUCCCCAUCGCCACCAGCCUGGCCUUUCUCAACAGUUGCCUGAACCCACUGCUGUAUGUGUUCAUGGGUCAAGAUUUCAAGGAUAAAGUCCGCAAAUCCAUCCUGAAUGUUUUGGAGACUGCCUUCCAGGAAGAAGUUUCUCGCUCUUAUACCUACACAAACUCAAUGGUCACCAGUCGAAGCAAAGAAAAGUCUGUUUCUGAUGCUGAGGUAUAAGGUCGUCCACCGCAUGAAACACAUACUGUAACUGUACAUAGCAAAUGUAAAUGUAUAUAACAAAUAAAGUAGCGUUUGUUGUUUUUUUUCUAUUCAAGGAUCUGAAACUGAAACAUUUCACCUUUUACCAUUUGACUGAUAUUAGUUUUAUGAAUGGCAACUUCACUGACAGUAUUUACAGACUAGUAGAGCAGGCAGAUGGUAGGCUAAUAAUAUACAAUAACUCAAUUUGUGAUGCAUUUGUGGGACAAAGCAUUUUAAAAUGAUGUAAAUGUAUGACCUACUUCACAAGGGGGAAAAAAGAAAGAUAACAGAAAAAGAAAAGCAUGCGUGCAUAAAUUUGUGCGUGCAGACAAAUUUACCCAUAAUGAAUGACCCAUAGAGCAAGUGGCUACAUUUAUAUUUUAAGUGGCAGUGGUGCCUCUCUACCACACAGUCCUGUUGUUGACUGCACUUUUAAGUGCUGUACCUUCAGUCAGUACCAUACUACACCCAGUGGAUGUGCCAUCUUUUUUGACAAGGGAAACCAGUCAUGAUUUUAAAAUAGGUGCUAAAUCGGUUUAUGAAUUAAUUUGUACAAUACAAGCAACAAAAAUGUAUGAUUUCGUUGGAAAGGGGAACUUUAUGCUUUCAUCUGUCACAAAUAUUGAUCACUACAAUAAAUCUCCAUCUGCAUGGGGCAGCAAAUAAAGCAAGCAACAGAACAAGUCCCAGUGGUUUAUAGUCAAUGACUGUAGAGUGUAUUGAUAAUUAAAAAGAGUGGCACAUCACCUAAAUAAUAAAAAGCUAGUUUGAAAAGAAUUUAAUGCCUCUCUUGCCAUAGAAUAAAGCAGGCGCUAAACUACUGUAUUAAAGAGUAAUAAUAAAUAAUAUACAGUGAAAUAUUGUCACUGAGCAAACAGGCUCAUAGAAAGUUUCCCAACUUGCUCCAACUCAUCCCAGCCACUCAGCAGUGUAGUGACAGUUGAUGAGGUGGGUGUACCGUUAAAAAAAUCUUAAAAAGAAAUUGGUAGGUAACCAAAGAGGAAGUGGGUAUAUUCUCCUUUAUAUUCCAGUGGCUUUUUGGCUGAAAGAGGGGUAUAGUGAACAGCCAGAAAAAGAAGUGGUAGGCUAUACACCAUAUAAGUGUAUACUUUCCAUUACACCACUGCAGCCACUUAUCCUAUAUGUGUAUAUGUGACAAAAUUGGGCACAUGACCACAAAGAACAUCUUUGGUUACAUACAAAGUGAAAGUGAAGUGGGCAGCCAUGCUACCUAGUUACAUUAGGUUUUGUGUAACACAUUUCGUCUAAAAUCACCCCGUAAUGUCUUUUUGUUUUUGCCACCUUUCGUGAGACAACACCAUAGAAACAGAUUUACUUUUUUUUACUGCUACAUGUCUACUGCAUGCUUUGAACAUGGCUAAUGUAAGCCUAAUAAACUAUGAGAUUACUAUGUUUAAAA